CGACGCGGGGUCGGGAGCCACGGGGAUCCCAGGGGACCGUGCAUGGCGCGCGCAGGGCGACGCGGAGCCGGCUGGUGCUGGGCGCUGGCGCUGCUCGGGCUGGCGGCGGCUCUGGGCGCGUCCCCGACGUCGGGGCGCCGCUGGCCGGUGCCCUACAAACGCUUCUCUUUCCGCCCGAAGCCAGAUCCCUACUGUCAAGCUAAGUAUACCUUCUGUCCUACUGGCUCACCUAUCCCAGUUAUGAAGGACAAUGACAUCAUAGAAGUCUUAAGACUACAAGCCCCUGUUUGGGAAUUUAAAUAUGGAGACCUCCUGGGACACUUUAAAAUUAUGCAUGAUGCCAUCGGCUUCAGGAACACGCUGACAGGCAAGAACUACACAAUAGAAUGGUAUGAGCUUUUUCAGCUUGGCAACUGUACCUUUCCUCACCUUCGACCCGAAAUGGAUGCUCCGUUCUGGUGUAACCAAGGAGCGGCCUGCUUUUUUGAAGGAAUUGAUGAUCAACACUGGAAGGAAAAUGGGACAUUAGCUGUAGUCGCGACCAUGUCUGGAAACACAUUUAACAAACUGGCAGAGUGGGUGAAGCAGGACAAUGAAACAGGGAUUUAUUAUGAGACGUGGACGGUCCAGGCCAGCCCAGGAAAAGGGGUGGAGACAUGGUUUGAAUCCUACGACUGUUCGAAAUUUGUGUUAAGGACAUAUGAGAAAUUGGCUGAAUUUGGAGCAGAAUUCAAGAAGAUAGAAACAAACUAUACAAGAGUAUUUCUUUACAGUGGAGAACCUACUUACUUGGGAAAUGAAACUUCUAUUUUUGGGCCAAAAGGAAACAAGACUCUUGCUUCAGUCAUAAAAAAAUUUUAUGACCCCUUCAAACCACGUUUGUCAACCAAAGAAUUUCUGUUGAGUCUCUUGAAAGUUUUUGAUUCAGUGAUUAUGCACAGAGAGUUCUACCUGUUUUAUAACUUUGAAUAUUGGUUCCUACCUAUGAAAUUCCCCUUUGUCAAAAUAACAUAUGAGGAAAUCCCUUUACCUACCAGACACACACUCCCUGACUUGUGACACGUUCACUCCACUGCUCUCUCCAGCCACCCGCACCCAUUUUCUUCCAGGGCUGUUUUCACACUUGUGUCUUUUUCCACUUUUCCUCCUUGGGGCAGGAGGGUGACGUGCUCCUUGUUGGAAGUACAGUACACUGACAUUUCAAGACUCCUGGAAAGAAGUGGAAACCAUCAUGGUAGUGGCCAAAGUGAAUGCGCUGAGAUCUCGAUCUUGUGGAGAAUUGGUUGAUCUCAGCUAUGGAGGUCUUUGAUCCCAAUGCUGACAUUUCUGUGGCUACCUUUUCUGGUACAGUAGUGCUGUUUCUUAGUUGAAGGGCUUUUUGGUUAUCUAAAGAAUAGUUAUUUUUAUAGUUAUUACAACUUUGGGGUCCAGGUCUAGCCAACUACUUUCUAUUCACAUAACCUUAAAGACUUGUUUGGACUCCACUGCUGGAGCAGUGCCUCUGGACAUGGUAAAUACAGUAUUAAAGAGCAGAUUUUCUGGCCACCAAUUUAGAAUUGGCUAGCAACUAGCUGGCCGCUGGCCAUUGUGACAUAAGCAACUUAAAACCUGUAGAUUUGUGUCUUUGCCUCUAAAAUGAUUCAUCUUCCAGGAAUGUGGAGAUUGAGGGCACCUAUGUUGGCACAGGAAGGGCACACUGAAUGCAUAUAAGGUCUCUGAGGACUGUUGGGAUUAAAAAAGCACAAGCUGUCAUGAUCUUGCCUGCUGUAGAUUACAGGCUAUCAGUUCCUGUGUCUUGGAAUCACUGAGACUUUGAGCUGACAGUACAUAGUGCUUCAGUUUUUCAGUACAGGUCAUCGGAGUAUCUGGCUGCAGACAUGGCUGGGUGAAAUGUACUUCUGGCUUCCUGUGUGUGCCCUCUGGUUCUUCACCCACUAACAAAGGCUAGCACAGUAGAAGAGGGUACACUUUCCUGGAAAGGAUAGGAUUUUGUCGAGGACCUUCAAUUCACUAUGCUUGUAUUAGGGGCAUUAGACAAGCUCUUAAGGUCCUGUAUUUAUCAGCCGAACCCAUUUUUUUCUUUUGUUCUUUUCCCCAUUCAUAAAAUCACACUAGCACAAUGGAAAAAAGUCUAUUUAAUAUGCAAAUGUUAUUCAAUUUCACCUUAUAUUUAGUGCUUCAUGAGAGGUCAAUACACUGUUGAGCUGUCAUAAAAAGCCUCAUCAUACAUAUCUGCUGGCCCAGAUGUGUUAAGUCAGGGCUUAGCAAUGUUAAGUGACCUGGAAUUGUUUUUACUCAGGUUAUGCAAAAUGAUUCACUGGCUGCUUUUCAGCAGUAUUCAGAUUGUGGCCUUUAGACCAGUAUCUGUGCACCAAAUGUUACCAGUCUGUUAUUUCUGUUCAGUCUAAUAAAAACAAAAGACAAAAAAACCAGGGCUUGAACUUUGUAUCUUUGAUCUUAUUGGUCUAGGAAUUUACUUUUUGUUGUUUAAAAGUAUAAGCCCGGCAAAGUCAGAGUGACCCCAGAUCAUCAUGCAUUGCACUGUUCUGCCUACCACAAAGAGGUAACUUGUCCUCAUAUACAGAGGGAACUGCUUUCCACUGCCUCCAGUUUAUCUACUCACUGUUACAGUGCCAAAGCCAACUCAAAAAUGUUGCCUCUUUGACUUGAUUAUCUUCAGAAUGUGGUGUAAGAACCUUCACAUUACUAAGUAGUAAUCUUCACAUUACUACCAUCCAGUGGCUAAACUCAGGCAACACUACACCACAUCGAGUUACUCCCAGCUGCCCUGAGGUGACAAGCAAAGAUUCUUGUACGCAGUAUGGCAUUUUAAAUCACAGACUUUGGUUUGUAGCACAGGGGGAAGGGGACAUGCACAUGGAACUUGACUUCUAAAACAAGGUUCUACUGUGUUAAAAAAAAAAAAAAAAAAGGCAUUCUGGGUCUUUGUGGAGAUUAGUAAAUGAAGAAAAGCCCGUGAAAGUACGAUAGAGUGAGGUGGCAAUGGCAGAGAGGCGUAAUUCACGUGAUCUCCCAAGAGUUUAUCAAGCUGUGAAAUGUAUUUGUAAAGUGAAAGACAACUUUGAGGUAGAGAUGACUCAGAACAUUCUUUGAAAUAGUAGUUAUCAAAAUGAUAUAGGGAAAAUGGAAUGUCUGAUUUUGAAGGUGGCUUUCUGAUUUGCUUCAGGUGGGCUUUAAAACUGCAGGGCCUGAAGCUCAUGGUCACAGAAAAUCUCUACUGAGUUAGUGGCCUCUGGGUUCUUGUAUAUAAACCCAAAUGCAAUUCAUAGGCAACAAGAGGAUGAGUUUAGAAAGCAGUUUUAUUAUAGAUUGAUAGGUGGGAGCUUAAAAGGAGGCAGAGUUCCUGUGUAGCAGGGUAGAUGCUGGGAAAUGGGAUUACAUGGAACUGCUGCUAGUCUAAGCUUUUUAUUCUAAUUGCAGCAGAAACUGGAGGGUGGGGAAGGGAGGAACCAGACAGUUGGCUCAACCAUGACAUGGUCCAGGCAUGCUCAUUAAGGAGAGAUGGGCCUCUCUUCUCCUAUCCCUAGCUUUGGCAAAGUCAGAAUUGUGCAGCAGGCCAAUGACAUUUUCAGAUUUUAAGCCAAGGAAAGCAUUUACUUUUGGGGUCUCCUAAACUGCCUGGCCAGUUUCUUUCUCGACUGCUCUCAUCAAAACUAUGAAUUGAAUUUUAUGACCAUUUGAGUUAUAUGUUUCUAUUUCUAUGUCAGUUCAAGUUACAAAUCUGUAGUAUUUCAAGAGAAUAUGUUAAAGGUUAAAUAUUAGGGAUUCAGAAUAAAUAUAUCCUCAGCCAUAAUCUAACAUAUUAACAGGUAAGUAUCUAUUGUUGCAGACAGAAGAAAACAGCUAAAACGUGAAAUAACUACUAUCAGCACUCAGAACUUCUACUCAAUAAUGGUUCCUUAGAAAAAUCAGAAGGAAAAAGUGACAAGUCUCUAAUAUCUGGGUCAAAGUGCUGAGAGUUAUUUAUCAGUUUAGUGCUCAGUAAGCUUCAUGGGCAGGACAUGGCUACUGCAUUCACGAAUUCACAACACCUGUAUUUAUCUGCCCUAGAUGAGGUGGUAAACAUUCCAUCAUGGAUGGGGAUGGAGCUCAGGAGGCUACACCCCUUUCUCAUAAACUACUGGCAGUUUGCUGGGCAAUACGAGUAAUUUUUUCCAGUGGUAUUGCCACUAAUUAGCUGCCCAUGCUUCAGUAACCCCCAUCCUGCUCAUGCAUGCAUCUCUAAUUUAAACUCAGUGGGUCCCAAGAAAAAAAGACAUGAAAGUAGAAGAAAAACUUGUUGGGGAGAAGGUUCAGCAAGAGUGGAAGACAGAGUAACCAGGAAUGAAAAAGACCAAAAUACAUUACAUAUAUAGAGGAAAUUGUUUAAGAAUAAAAAUACAUUCUUUAGUUUCUCUAAGGUGAAAGUGUGUUUGCUGGUGGUACUGAGUUGAACCUAGGCUCUCACACAUAGAAGUGAAGUGUACUACCACUGAGCUAUUACAUCUUUACAGCCUCCUUUAACUUUCUGAGGUGAGGUCUAAGUUGCCAGGCUGGCCUUUCACUGGAAAUGUGAGUGGGCCUUGAACUGCAAUCCUCUGGCUUAGCCUUCUAAUAGCUUAAAGGUCUGUUGCACCACACCCAGCCAACUUUUUUUUAAACAAACACACUUUUAUUCACCAGGUAGCUUCUUGCUGUUCCAAGUGCUUUCAAGAGUUUCUUCCCUGUUAAAACACUUUUAGGUAUUUAUACUUUGGGGGCUGAUUAUUAAUUUCAGGAAUAAGCUUUCAGGCUCUGAGAAAUGUUUUCUUAAAGGAGUCUGUGGCCAGCAGACAGGUAGGGCUUUUCUUCUUAAUAUUAAAACUGGUCUCAAAUAUAAACAGGUUUUGCACAAAUAGGUUGCAUUAACUUAUUUACUGUUUAUCAGGGCCUAUUUUUAAGAUUUUUUAAAAAAAUAUAUUUAAAUAGGUUAGAUUACCAUACCAAAUUGAACCUGUUUUCUGAAACCUACUGAAGAUAGUAGAUUAAAAUAAUUUCUAUGGUUUAAAAACUAUUCUGACUUACAUGGAUUUCUAAUAUGGUUGGCUAGGUUAAUGGAAACUCUCUAAAAACAUUUAUUCUUAUGUUUUAAUCAUGUGUGGGUGUCUGGGAGUGUGUAUGCCUAAGUGAAUGCAGGUGCCCAUGAGGCCAGAGCCAUCGGACCUCCAGGAACUAGAUGGGGUGCUGAAACUGCCAAGAGUAUUCACCAGCUUUCAGCCACUGAGCCAUCUCCUGGACCCCGAGAGUCACAUUUCUAAGUAGAGUGUAGCUUUCAUUCUGAAUACAUGAAGAACCUAGUCCCUAUUUUUAAUCAGGAAUCAUUUUCAUGGUAAAUUUCAUAGUUAUUAGAGCAAAAAACAAAUUCAAUGUGCCUAAUUUUGUCUCUUCAUACGAGCCAGUCUACCAUUGUGUUUACUUAUCAAAUAAUAGAUGUGAAGCUAUAAUCAUACUUUGUAAUGUAUGUUUGAUUGGUUUUUUUAAAGUUAUAAAAAUACAACAGCAUUAGUAACUAUCUUUAUUCUCAGAUUGAUAAAACCUUUAACAUGUAUUUUACAGUAUAAACAAAUUAAGUGCUAUGCAUUUUGCUUAUAAAGUGACUUAAAGUAUUCAAGCAUGUAAUUCAAUUUGUACAAAAAGUACAUUUUCAAAUAAAGCUUUGGUUAGUAAAACUGA